AUGUCCAAAUUCAAGUCAAUGGACGACUCUAUGAAUAUUGUCCCACCGCCCGUGGAGGCUGGUGAAGUUGACAAUAUCUCUAAGGAUAUUGAGGAUACUCACCACGAUGCAGUGUUCGGCGACAUCACUGAAUCUGGACCCAACUAUCGUAACGUUGGAUGGCUGGGAACUGCUAUCCUGAUGAUCAAAACCCAGAUCGGUCUUGGUGUUCUAUCUAUUCCUUCGGUUUUCGAUACUCUGGGCUUGAUCCCAGGAAUCAUCAUUCUUAUCACGAUCGGUGUCAUCACAACUUGGUCGAACUAUAUUGUCGGUGUCUUCAAAGUUAACCAUCGCGAAAUAUAUGGUAUUGAUGAUGUUGGGGAGCUGCUGUUCGGACGCAUUGGUCGUGAAUUCUUCGGAGCGGCUUUUACCCUUUUCUUCACAUUCUGUUCGGGCUCGGCGAUGCUGAGUGUGUCCAUUGCUCUGAACGCCCUUUCCAUGCACGCAGUUUGUACAGCCAUUUUCGUGGCCAUCGCUGCUAUCAUCACAGUCGUCUUCUCAAGUAUCCGUACAUUGGGACGUAUCUCGUGGCUGGCUUGGGUCGGUGCAGUUUGCAUCAUCAUCUCAGUCUUCACCGUGACAAUCACCGUCGGAAUUCAAGAUCGACCUAGCGCAGCCCCCCAGCAAGGUGUAUGGAAGCCGGACUAUAAGCUUUUCAACAACCCCAGCUUUUCGGAUGCCGCUUCAGCAGUCUCCUCUCUCGUCUUUUCCUAUGCUGGCACACCCGCCUUUUUCUCGAUUGCAUCGGAGAUGCGUGACCCUCGACAGUACACGAAAGCACUGGUAGUCUGCCAGACCGUUAUCAGCACCGCCUACAUCGUCGUUGGAAUUGUUGUUUACUACUAUUGCGGAUCCUACGUCUCUUCACCAGCACUUGGCUCAGCUGGUCCUGUUGUGAAGAAGGUUGCCUAUGGAAUUGCCCUUCCUGGUCUACUGGUGACUGCCAUUUUGUUGACACAUAUCCCAGCCAAAUACGUUUUUGUGCGCAUUCUGCGUGGCUCGAGCCACCUGACCUCCAACUCAGCCACCCAUUGGAUUACAUGGCUAUGCUGCACACUUGGUGUUACCGUGACUGCGUAUAUUAUUGCAAGUGGUAUUCCAGUCUUUGGUGGACUUGUGUCUCUGGUUGGUGCUCUGUUAGGCACCGUGCUCUGCAUGCAGCCUAUGGGUUGCAUGUGGCUAUAUGAUAACUGGACCAAGGGCAAGAAGUCGCCGACGUUGAAGUGGCGUCUGAUGGUUGCAUGGUGUGUAUUCGUUAUUGUUGCUGGUACCUUCUUGGUCAUUGCUGGUACUUACGGGUCGGUAGUCAGCAUCGCUGAUUCCUAUCGCAAAGCUGGAGGAACUGCCGCGUGGUCUUGCGCUGACAACUCUGGCUCAACUUAG